CGAGCAGUACGUACGCACUCCCGUCCUCCGUCAUUCAUUUAACCCGGACGUGAAGCCGCUCCAUAGAAAAAUAUCCGAUACGGUAAAACAGCUUACCUUCAAAAAAAGAUCUCUUUCUGGAUGAUUGAAAAUCGAACUCAUAGACGCUCUCCACAGAAUCCGUGAGGCUGAGAACUUCUGUCGGAGGGAGAGAAACGGCCGCCACGUGAUGCCACAUUACUGCCUCAUCACCAAUAGAGCACGCACCCGCAUCCAAGAGGUGAAGGACUCGCACCGAGAGCACACCCAGACUCGUCUGCUAAGUUAAAACACACCGCCACACACCUCUCUCUCAGAUUGUAAAGCUAAUGAACUGGACGGCUCACUGAAAAACGCCUCGAGGUUCUGCCUGCAUUGCCUCUAUGUUCUCUGGGUUACGCUGAACACGAGUGUGUGCCCGGAUCCUGGCGGCGGCUGUAAAAUACACAUGCGUGCGUGUGCAUUAUUUGCUUUCGAGUGAGUAAUCACGUGUGUGCGCUUCUCCUGGGACGUUCUGUGGUGGCUGGCGUGGUGAGCCUCCCCCCACCCCCAACGCUUAAAACUGGCGAUGUCCAGGGUACCGAGUCCGCCCCCUCCUGCAGAAAUGACCAGCGGCCCUGUGGCCGAAAGCUGGUGUUACACACAGAUCAAAGUGGUUAAGUUCUCCUAUAUGUGGACCAUCAACAACUUCAGCUUCUGCAGGGAGGAGAUGGGCGAGGUCAUCAAAAGCUCCACCUUCUCCUCGGGGGCCAAUGACAAGCUUAAAUGGUGUUUGCGAGUGAAUCCAAAAGGUCUGGAUGAAGAGAGUAAAGAUUAUCUGUCGCUCUAUCUGCUACUGGUCAGCUGUCCUAAGAGCGAGGUUCGGGCGAAGUUCAAGUUCUCCAUCCUUAAUGCCAAGGCCGAGGAAACCAAAGCUAUGGAGAGCCAGCGGGCGUAUCGCUUCGUACAAGGAAAAGACUGGGGGUUCAAGAAGUUCAUCAGGCGAGACUUCCUCCUGGAUGAAGCCAACGGCCUUCUGCCUGAUGACAAAUUGACACUCUUCUGUGAGGUGAGUGUGGUGCAGGACUCCGUGAACAUCUCGGGUCAGAACACCAUGAACAUGGUGAAGGUUCCUGACUGCCGGCUGGCAGAUGAACUGGGUGGAUUGUGGGAACAUUCCAGAUUCACGGACUGCUCGCUGUGUGUCGCCGGGCAGGAGUUCCAGGCGCACAAAGCCAUACUGGCAGCACGUUCCCCCGUAUUCAGCGCUAUGUUUGAACACGAGAUGGAGGAGAGUAAAAAGAACCGAGUUGAGAUAAACGACGUGGAGGCUGAGGUCUUUAAAGAGAUGAUGUUCUUCAUCUACACUGGCAAAGCACCCAACCUGGACAAGAUGGCCGAUGACCUGCUCGCUGCUGCUGACAAGUAUGCUCUAGAGCGGCUGAAGGUGAUGUGUGAAGAUGCUUUGUGCACGAGUCUGUCUGUGGAAAACGCAGCAGAGAUUCUGAUCUUGGCCGACCUGCACAGCGCCGACCAGCUCAAGACGCAGGCUGUCGACUUCAUCAACUACCACGCGUCCGAUGUGAUGGAGACCUCGGGGUGGAAGUCAAUGGUGGCGUCCCAUCCUCACCUGGUUGCAGAGGCGUACCGCUCCCUGGCCUCCGCCCAGUGCCCUUUCCUGGGCCCUCCUCGCAAACGCCUCAAACAGUCUUAGUGCCGCCCCGUACCGUUACUUAACCCACACACCUACACACACUCACACAACUGCCUACAAAGGGGGGGAAAGCGCUAUUUUAGAUUUACGUCCCCCCCAAGCUCUGUCCCUUUAGAUGCCUAAACCAGCUCUUGACCUGCCCCUCCCUUCACGUUAUCCGGACAGACCCCUCGAGCGCAGAGGACCCUCUUUGUUGCUGCCCUACUGUUGGGUUUCUCAGUGUUGGGGAGUGUGGAGGCUGCCACAGGUUGAACCCUACCCAAAAAUGUAUUCCAGAGUUUCUAUGAAUCUGUCGGACCGUGGAUUCUUGAGCAUGGACGGAUGGAUCGAGGUUGAGCUUUUGGUUGGGCAGUUGAACAUGAGAUGGAUUAAGACUGGACUUUUACGUAACUUCUUUCCACUGGCACUACCGUGUGCUCUCCUUCACUGUGUGAACCGGUUGUCCAUCUCCGCUUCAUCCCACCUGUAAAACGACGUGAUCGGCCAAUAGACGUUCCCCUUUACAGUCAUGGAUGGAGGGAUUUUUGAGGACAAACUUUUCAAUAGGUAGCAUGUGUCUUCGUAACGACGACAUCAGCGUUCAGUAGAUUCCUGUGUGACUUUAUGAAUCCUGUGUGACGACAAACAGCUUUUUUUCAGAACUGUCCUCCGUUUCUUGGGAAAUUCAAACAUAGAACUUCCCACCUUAAUGAACUUUGACUUGCGACCCACAAGCUAGCCUGGCUUCCAGUGUAGAUGAAGUUCAGAUGGACUUACAGCAGUUCGGUCUCAUUUUACAGGGCGAAUAAAUUGACGAAUCCAAUGAGGAGUGUAAAAAUGGGGAAAUGCUUAUUGAACUUUUUUUUUUU